CCCAAAGCCCAACUUGUGUCCUGACGCCUAACCCGGGCACGCAUUUCAAAAUCGGGUUGAACCGUACCAGCUCCACCCCAAACACCAACAAUCAACCACCGCGACAAGGAGGCUUUAAGCGGUGUUAUUUUGACCGCCGACGAGUCCUGGCUAUUUAAUUAGCGACUCCUCUCCAGGAAGAUGCUGUAGCAGAACACAUACCAAACCCAAAUCUAGAAUCUCUGUAGAAACAAAACAAACAUUGGAUUGCAAUUCUUGGGCAUCGAAGACGAUGGUGGUAAUGUUUCAUUGAAUCCCUUUUGAAAUUUAAUUGAAUUGGGGGAGAGAAAUGUCGAAGCUGUUUCAGAAGGUUGCUGGGUUCUUCACCAAUCGGACUAUGGUGGGAAUGGACAAAGCUGGCAACCGUUACUUCGCCAGAAAGGAGGAGGUCGAUGGCAUCAUGAAAGAGAAAAGAUGGGUGGCAUUCAAGGGCGAGGACGAUCCGACCUCAAUUCCAGUUGAGUGGAUAUGUUGGCUCAACGGGCAGAGGAAAAGGGCUCCAACACCGGAGGAACUGGCAGAAUUGGAAGCUAGACGUGAACGUGUCCGGCAGAAUGUUGCUCUUCUAAAGAAAGAAGAAGAGGAAAGGAAAGCAAGAGAAGGCAGUACGCGCAAAGUCAUCAACACCGAUAAAGUUGGAGGUCCAGACUUGAAAAGUUUCAUUCAGCAAUUUCCUGGGUCUUCUGAAGGUGGCGUAAAUCCGGAAGAAUCUGUUGCCACGGAAGGAGUGAGGAACUCCAAAGAGAAAGAGGCAAAGAAAGCAAAAGAAGCUCCGGAGUCGACAGAGCCAACAGGAUCUGGUCAAACAUUCAGGCCAGGGACAUGGCAGCCGCCAACAUGAAGUUGAAUUGAUAAUUUCCAUGGUGCAUAAUUAAGGGUCCAACUACGCUAACCCUUGUGUCCAGGCAUAAUGCAGUGAUUUGUUCUUCCGGUGCCAAAGAGUAUAGCUGAGUUGUUAAAAUGUUAGUGAAUCUCUUAUGGUUAUAGCCUUGUAGGGCGCUUCUUUUGUGGCACAAUGCAGUGCAUUUGAUUUUUGUUUUCCCUGUCGGAUCCAAAGAAAAGAAAAACAAGCACAAUACAUCCUUCAUUUUUAGUUUUCUGACAAGGGAAUACAGCGUUGUACACCAAAUUUUUGUUACAUUUAUGUACGAAGUCGCCAUGACUUGCGUACGAAUUUUGUUGUGUGAUGGUCUUAAAAGGAAAUAAAUUUAAGGUUAUAUGUCAUA